GCGGCCGAGGGGUGGAGCUGCAGCCUGCGCCGGAUGCUCGGAGCCGGGGCGGCCCGGAGCGUCUCCCGGCCGGAGCUGUCCUCCAGCACCCUGCCCCUCGGCGGCCGCACGGACACUGCGAGCAGGGGCGGCCAUGCAGGAGCCGCUGCUGGGAGCCGAGGGCCCGGACUACGACACUUUCCCUGAGAAGUCCCCGUCGCCGGGGGAGAGGACGCGGGUCGGGGCCCCACAGAACAAGAGGGUGUUCCUGGCCACCUUUGCCGCCGUGCUGGGCAAUUUCAGCUUCGGGUAUGCCCUGGUCUACACGUCCCCUGUCAUCCCAGCCCUGGAGCACUCCUUGGACCCGGACCUGAGUCUGACCAAAACCCAGGCAUCCUGGUUUGGGUCCGUAUUCACCUUGGGUGCGGCAGCUGGGGGCCUCAGUGCUAUGGUUCUCAACGACCUCCUGGGCCGGAAGCUCAGCAUCAUGUUCUCCGCUGUACCAUCAGCAGCCGGCUACGCGCUCAUGGCAGGUGCCCACGGCUUCUGGAUGCUGCUGCUGGGGAGGACGCUGACAGGCUUCGCUGGGGGGCUCACUGCUGCCUGCAUCCCGGUGUACGUGUCUGAGAUUGCUACCCCGAGUGUUCGUGGGGCCCUCGGGGCCACGCCCCAGCUCAUGGCAGUGUUCGGAUCUCUGUCCCUCUACGCCCUUGGCCUCCUGCUGCCAUGGCGCUGGCUGGCUGUGGCCGGAGAAGGGCCCGUGCUCAUCAUGAUCCUGCUGCUCAGCUUCAUGCCCAACUCCCCUCGUUUCCUGCUCUCACGGGGCAGGGACACGGAGGCCCUGAGGGCGCUGGCCUGGCUCCGUGGGGCCGACACCGAUGUCCGCUGGGAGUUCCAGCAGAUCCAGGACAACAUCCGCAGACAGAGCACCCACAUGUCGUGGGCCGAGGCUCGGAACCCCCACAUGUACCGACCCAUCCUCAUUGCCUUGCUGAUGCGCUUCCUGCAGCAACUGAUGGGCAUCACGCCCAUCCUCGUCUACCUGCAGCCCAUCUUCGAAAGCACUGCCGUCCUUCUGCCCCCGAAGGAUGAUGCGGCCAUUGUGGGGGCCGUGAGGCUCUUCUCCGUGCUGAUCGCCGCCCUCACCAUGGACCUGGCUGGCCGCAAGGUUCUGCUCUUCAUCUCAGCCACCAUUAUGUUUGCGGCCAACCUGACACUGGGGCUGUACGUCCACCUCGGUCCGAAGCCUCUGACUCCCAACAGCACCAUGAGCACCAUGGGCCUCCAGAGUGUGCCCUUGGGGGACACAGAGCAGCCCCUGGCCACCCCCUCCAGCUACCUCACCCUCUUGCCCCUGGUGGCCACCAUGCUCUUCAUCAUGGAACGCCUUCGGCCUCCACGUGCCUUUCUUCUUCUUCGCUGCCAUCUGCUUGGCCAGCCUGGUGUUCACUGGCUGCUGGGUGCCUGAGACCAAGGGCCGGUCGCUGGAGCAGAUUGAGUCCUUCUUCCGUACCGGGAGGAGGUCCUUCCUGCACUAGGUGAGGGUCCCCGCCCAGGGGGGGCCAAACCACUGGGUGCAGGGCCUCUGCGCUGGCCACGAACCUGCACGCCGAGCCCAGAAGGCAGCAGCAAUCUGUCAUCGGACGGAGCACAGGAGGACCAGACAGAAGCAUGGCAGGGCCCUAACAGGGCACGUUCCGGCUCUGGGCAGGCAGCCCCCUCUCCAUCCUGGGCCCCAGCUCAGGCAGCCUGCCGUGUUGCACGCUCAUUGGCCAAGACGCACCGGCAGAGGAGGCAGCCAUGGGUCACAGGGGAGCACACGGCCCAGAGGCCGGACAAGGCCCUGCUGGCUGACCUGUGGCCUGGUUCCUUACUUAGGUGCAGAGGAUGCGCCCACAGAGGGCUAGAACGAGGAGAGAGCACAGGGUGGGAGAUGGUGGAUGGUUCCACACAGGGACGUCAUCGUGCCAUUUUGUUCUGAUCCGCUUAGUCACCAUGGAACCACCUGACUACAGGGAGGAAGACAGAUCUGUACUUCUAAAAGCUUAUGGGUACUACGGGGAACAUUCUAGACUCCCAAAGGCCAGGGCCCAAGACCCAGCACAGACACUUCCUCCUGUACCCACCCAACCUCGAAACGGGGCUCAAGUGCUCCUGUCUGCAAACCAUGUUCACCCUGUGGCAGGAUGGGGUCUAUUGCAGGUGGGGGAGCCCACCCAGCAGCCAGGUUUGGCUAGACCCAAACUCUCAGCCAAGGUUGCCAGGGCCUGCUGCCCCCAGGCAAGGCCCCCUCCCACCACCCCCGACCUGUCCACAGUAAGGCAGACGGAAGGGGCAAGGCAGCCUGCGGGGGAGAGCCU